AUGGCUUGGCGUCUCUUGCUUCUGUCCUUCUACCUCUUGCUUUUCCGGGCUGCAGCCAACAUCGCCAAUGAGAGCAGCAAUCAGGCCAAUGGGACGGAAGGCAAUGAGAUCAAGGGUGUCGGCACACCCCUCCCCCUGGACAACAGCUACAUCAACCCUGGCGGCAGCACGCGCUGCCCCUCUCGGUGCAGGCGCUACUUCGCCGGCGCAGGCCCUGGCGAUGGCACCAUUUGCCAAAAGCAGGCAUCGGGGGUCGGCACGGCGCAGCAGAACUUCGAGCAGGGUGUCGCAUGCUACCCAGCCUAUGGCUGUGGCAGGGACAUGAUCACCUGCGUGGAUCAGGCAUUCGAGGGAUCCCUGCCGGAUACGUCUGAUGCCGCCCUUGCAUGUGCAGAUCUUGAGCUCGUCCAGGCAGAGGAUCCUUGGACCUGUGGUACAGCCGAGGAGAGCCGACCUCAGUGCAAUAGCACGGCCAACAACAAUGCAGGCAAGUGGCUGAAGGCCAACGGGGAGCUAGGAUGUGGCUGGGGCUCCACCUAUGGGAAUACUUACCCAGGCUACACCGGUGCCGGCACGCCCGCCACUGAAGUCUUCCAGGUUUCCAGUGACUUUGAGUGCUGCCUCAAGGCGAUGUCCUUCGAAAACAGCUCCUGGGAAGAUGGCGGUGCGGCCCUCUUCUUCCAGCGAGUUGGGUCGAGCUGUCGCGUUGACCGCGAGACGAUAAUCUACGCCAACAUGGAUAGCUCCUCAGGACGUUCAGUGAAGUACCAGGACACGCGCUGCGGUUUAGGGGAGCAGUUCUACUACCGCCAUGCCGCCGGAGCAGCAGAUGCCGCCAAUCUACACACCGGCGGCCGCUGCGUGGUGGAUGGAGGCUUCACCCGGCUGAGCGAGCUUACCUCGGGCACGAACCUUCCUGGCGGCGAGAUCCCUGAUGGGCACGAGCUGCCAAACCAUGAGUGCCCUGAACCGGAUCCCAGUGAGACAGGGUUCUCAUACAACUGCAACGUCACCCUGAGAUUCAACACGAUCAAUGACGCGGAGGAGUGCUGUGAGAUGUGUCGUUCCAUGAGCUGGCUCCCGCGUGUGGGCGGUGUUGUGGAGAUGGAUGAGGCUGGUACUCCCACGAAUCCAUGCGUCGCUUGGCAGAUCGUGGAUGGCCGAUGUCGCAUCGUGCGUCAGGAGUACUUCGACUACUGGAAUCCAGGCAUGACGAUUCAUGCAUCCUUGACACGAAACAGCUAUGAGCCCCCCGGGAACACGGGCUGGGUGGUGCCCACGCGUGGUUGCGGUGAUUCUGAAGAGAACUGCAACUACUUCUCUUUUAUCUACUACCGUGAGUUCCGCGAGGUGGACGGGGUGGCCGUGGACCCAUCCCUCUUGUCAACAAACAGCUCGAACUCCAGCAGGAAUGCUUCCUACCGCAAGGUUGUGUCGGUGACCCUCCCUCCAGGCGCGGAGAACUUGUCCUUUGAGCUCAACGUCAGCGCCGUGCCUUCGAGGCAUGACCGCCGGCCGCAGCUGAUUCAGGACAACGUGAACCGGAGCUUCGCAAGGCUCAUUGGGACAAGCUUUGAUAACGUGGUGGGCGGGUUGAAUUCGAACCUCACGCCCGUGACAGAAUCUACGGCUGGGGCUGGGGAAGACUGCGGGCAGAUUGAGAUCCAUUCAGCCAGCGCGAUGCGCAGCAGUGGUGACUACGAGAUCUUUGACGAGGAGUCCUCUCCAGAGCCCAUCUGUGUGUCCGAGUGUGUUCCCUCGGGUGCGACCGCCUCCUUCCAGUGCGGACUCCCACAAGGCGCCGGCCCCGAGCGUCGGCUUGCUACGGUGGACAGUGUGGUGAUCUCCUUCAAGGCCGUCGGCAGUGGCUACGACACGGUGGACUUCGGGCUCGCUGCGGCCUCAGAGCAGGGCCCAACUGCCACGACGAGCACGACCAGCGGCGCAAGCAGCACCGGCGUGGGCACGCAGCCGGUGUCCUCAGCGUCGGACUUGAACCUGGUCAGCCUGAGGCUUUUGGCUCUCUUUUGGGCGGGCGCGUACAUCCGGCACGGCUAA